CUGCUGACGUGUCCGCCGCAUCGUGUCUUACCGAGCAACACUGGCCGGCUUGGGUCCCGCUCCCGCAUUACCGGGGCUGUGCCCGCAUUUCUUGAGCCGUGGCUACAAACCAUCAGUUUGUACCCUAAGUCACACUUCUAGGUUGUGUUCACUGCUAGAACGCGUUGAAUGUGCUGCUGAAGAUGUUGACCAAGUUUGAGACAAAGUCUGCGAGGGUUAAGGGCCUGUCGUUUCAUCCAAAGCGACCAUGGGUCCUAGCGAGCUUGCACAGUGGCGUGGUUCAGCUAUGGGACUACCGGAUGUGCACGCUGCUGGAGAAGUUCGACGAGCACGACGGCCCGGUGCGUGGCAUCGCGUUCCACAUGCAGCAGCCGCUGUUCGUGUCCGGUGGCGACGACUACAAGAUCAAGGUGUGGAACUACAAACAGAAGCGGUGCGUGUUCACGCUGCUUGGUCACCUGGACUACAUCCGCACCACCGAGUUCCACCACGAGUACCCCUGGAUCAUCUCGGCCUCCGACGACCAGACCAUCCGCAUCUGGAACUGGCAGCGCCGCAGCUGCAUCUGCAUUCUGACGGGGCACAACCACUACGUGAUGUGCGCUCGCUUCCACCCGUCCGAGGACCUGGUGGUGUCCGCCUCGCUCGACCAGACCGUGCGCGUCUGGGACAUCAGCGGUCUGCGCCAGAAGCACGUGGCGCCCGGCCCGUCCGGCAUGGACGAUCACGCCAAGGCGGGGCACUCGCCCGACCUGUUCGGCCAGGCUGACGCCGUGGUCAAGCACGUGCUGGAGGGCCACGACCGCGGCGUCAACUGGGCCACGUUCCACCCGACGCUGCCGCUGAUCGUGUCCGGCGCCGACGACCGUCAGAUCAAGUUCUGGCGCAUGAACGACACCAAGGCGUGGGAGGUGGACACGUGCCGCGGACACUACAACAACGUCUCGUGCGUGCUCUUCCACCCGCGCCAGGAGCUGAUCCUCUCCAACUCUGAGGACAAGUCCAUUCGCGUCUGGGACAUGAGCAAGCGCACCUGCCUGCACACGUUCCGGCGCGAGCACGACCGCUUCUGGGUGAUGGGUGCGCAUCCUUCGCUCAACGUGUUCGCCGCUGGCCACGACUCGGGCAUGAUCAUCUUCAAGCUGGAGCGAGAGCGGCCGGCGCAUGCCAUCAGCGGCAACAUGCUCUUCUACGUCAAGGACAAGUUCCUGCGCCGGCUCGACUUCACCACCAACAAGGACGUGGCCGUGAUGCAAAUCCGGCUUCUGGGCCGCACCAAGCCAUACAGCCUCUCUUACAACCCGGCGGAGAACGCGGUGCUCAUCUGCUCGCGCCCCUCCAACACGGAGAACUCCACGUACGACCUGUACCAGGUGCCCAAGCAGACGGACCCGCAGAACCCGGAGACGCCCGAGGGCAAGCGGGCCGCCGGCCUCAGCGCCAUCUGGGUGGCCCGCAACCGGUUCGCCGUGCUGGACCGCAGCCACCAGAUCACCAUAAAGAACCUGAAGAACGAGGUGCAGAAGAAGGUGCAGGCGCCGGCCUGCGAUGAGAUCUUCUACGCGGGCACGGGCAUGCUGCUGCUACGCGACACGGACGCCGUCACCAUGUUCGACGUCCAGCAGAAGCGGUCCACGGCUAGCGUGAAGAUCAACAAGUGCCGCUACGUGGUCUGGUCGCCGGACAUGUCGCAUGUGGCCCUGCUGGCCAAGCACGCCGUGCUGGUCUGCAACCGCAAGCUGGAGACGCUCUGCUCGCUGCAGGAAAGCACGCGCGUCAAGUCGGGCACGUGGGAUGACAGCGGCGUCUUUAUCUACACCACCUCCAACCACAUCAAGUACACGCUCACCAACGGCGACAACGGCAUUAUCCGCACGCUGCACGUGCCCAUCUACCUGACCAAGAUCAAGGGCAGCCAGGUGCACUGUCUGGACCGCGAGGUGCGCGCGCGCAUCAUGAACGUCGACGUCACCGAGUUCCGCUUCAAGCUGGCGCUGGUCAACCGCAAGUAUGACGAGGUUCUGCACAUGGUCCGCAACGCCAAGCUGGUCGGCCAGUCCAUCAUCGCCUACCUGCAGAAGAAGGGCUAUCCGGAGGUCGCCCUGCACUUCGUGAAAGACGAGAAGACCCGGUUCGGUCUGGCGCUGGAGUGCGGCAACGUGGACGUGGCCCUGGAGGCGGCGCGGGCCCUCGACGACAAGGACUGCUGGGACAAGCUGGGCGAGGCGGCGCUGAUGCAGGGCAAUCACCAGGUGGUGGAGAUGUGCUACCAGCGCACCAAGAACUUCGACCGGCUCAGCUUCCUGUACCUCAUCACCGGCAACCUGGAGAAGCUGCGCAAGAUGAUGAAGAUCGCCGAGAUCCGCAAGGACACGUCCGGCCAGUACCAGAGCGCCCUGUACCUGGGCGACGUGCCGGAGCGUGUGCGCAUCCUGCGCGCGUGCGGCCAGACGCAGCUGGCCUACCUGACGGCCGCCACGCACGGCCUGGAGACGGAGACGGCCGAGCUGGCGGCGGCCCUGGGUGAGGACGCCGAGCUGCCGCAGCCGGAGCCGCAGGCGCAGCUGCUGCAGCCGCCGGCGCCGCUUCACCAGAGCGACGACAACUGGCCGCUGCUGACCGUCUCGAAGACAUUCUUCGAGGGCGCCAUCACGAAGCCGGGCCGCGCGCCGACGGCCGUGGCGUCGGCGAUGGUGGCGGACGCGCCGGACGAGGGCGCCGCCGACGGCUGGGGCGCGGACGCCGACCUCGGCCUCGACGAGGAGGGCGACGGCGAGCCGGGCCUGGACGGCGCCGCCGGCGACGAGGGCGGCGGCUGGGACGUGGAUGACGACCUCGAGCUGCCGGCCGACCUGGAGGUGCCGGCCGCCGCCGGCGGCGGCGCCGACGACGACGGCUACUUUGUGCCGCCCACCAAGGGCACGCCGCAAACGCAGGUGUGGACGCGCAACUCGCAGCUGCCGGUGGAUCACGUGCUGGCCGGCUCGUUCGAGUCGGCCUUCCGGCUGCUGCACGACCAGCUGGGCGUGGUGGCGUUCGCGCCCUACCGCCAGCUGUUCCUGCAGGCGUUCAGCCAGGCGCGCACCUGCUUCCCGGCGGCGGCCAGCUCACCGCCCCUCUUCGGCCACCCGCACCGCAACUGGAAGGAGGCCGGCAUGAAGGCCGGCAUGCCGGCCGUCGGCAUUCGACUGACCGACCUCGUCAACCGACUUCAGACGUGCUACCAACUGACGACGGCCGGCAAGUUCGCCGAGGCGGUGGAGCGGUUCCGCGCCAUCCUGCUGUCUGUGCCGCUGCUGGCCGUCACCACAAAGCAGGAGAUCGCCGAGGCCACUCAGCUGAUGGAGAUCUGCCGCGAAUAUGUGCUCGGGCUGUCGAUGGAGAUCCAGCGCAAGGAGAUGCCCAAGGCGACGCUGGAGGAGCAGAAGCGGCUCUGCGAGAUGGCCGCCUACUUCACCCACUGCAACAUCCAGCCGGUGCACCAGGUGCUGACGCUGCGCACGGCCCUCAACCUGUUCUUCAAGCUGAAGAACUACCGCACGGCGGCCAGCUUCGCGCGGCGCCUGCUGGAGCUGGGGCCGCGGCCCGAGGUGGCCCAGCAGACGCGCAAAGUGCUCCAGGUGUGCGACAAGACGCCGACGGACGAGCACCAGCUGCUGUACGACGAGCACAACCCGUUCGCGUUGUGCGCCGCCACCUACCGGCCCAUCUACCGGGGCAAACCGGACGCCAAGUGCCCGCUGUGCUCGGCCGCGUACACGCCCGACUACAAGGGCUCGCUCUGCAAGGUGUGCGCCGUGGCGGAGGUGGGCCGCGAGAGCAUUGGCCUGCGCAUCUGCCCGCUGCAGUUCCGAUAGGGGACCGGCCGCCACCGCCGACACACCCCGCAUUCCGAGUCGGGAGGAGACCACGCCGCGCCGCGCCGUGCCGCGCCGUGCCGUGCCGUGCCGUGCCGUGCCCUGCCACUGCAAGUGCACUUCCCAGCAGCACCCAUCCGACCCUAGCGCGUGCCGGGCGAGCUGCCGACGGCCAGGGCUGGUGGGCCCGGCGCCAGACGGGUGUCACAAGACGAGCGCGGCCGCCGGACAGCGUCGGCCCGCCGGUGGCAGAUGUAGCCGUCGGCGAUGACUGCCGCUGGAGACAUUCGCAGCCACUGGCCGACCGGAGGCAUGCCCAUCGGUUCUGUUCGCUUCCGGUGUUCUUGUUGCUGAUUUGUUGGGCGGAAUUUAACGAACGUGUGAUGCGGAAUUAUUGGGAGCCGCCGGGGGUAGCUCGACGUGCGCCCACGGUGGAUGGCGGUCCUCUACAAGGGAGGACGUGUGCUUGUUGGGUGGCCGCGUGCUCCCGACUGGACAGGGUGUCGCCCGCGAUACAGCGGCCUGCCGACGGCCGGCUCGCGGCUGAAAUCACGACAGUGCGCAUGCAGUGCCGUUAGAUGUUGUGUGAUCGCCGGGCCCGCAUCGCCUGCCUAUAUUAUAAACGUGUUGGGUUGAGGAUAUGGAAUAUAAAUACAUUCUUUUCUAUCCUAGCUG